GUUGUGUUGGACGACAGCAAAGUUGAGGGCAUUACGCGCGCCUUCGUCAUUCGGAUCUAAAUCUCGAAAACCCCCUACCAUCGAGGCUCCUGACCCGACGGUGAAAACCGCUACCAGAACAGGGAGGACAAUCUUCCACAACAUGUUUGUGUCACUACGCUCUCAACGCUAAUAAUAAAACAACAACGGCUCGACGUCGCCUCCCUGUUAUAUAAAGAACGACGUCACGGCUGUUGCAGUGGCACAUCUCGCGGCCAAUCACACCAUUGUGUUCGCGCUCCUCACAGACACUUCAGGACUUCGGUUCAGCAGGAAGUUGGCGGUGUAUUUGUUUUGCACACCGCUGAAUCCCGUCGUAGCCGCUCUGAUUUGUAGACUUUCCAAUAUUUUCGGAAGGUACACCUGAAAAGGAGACAAACAAGGUCUAAAAAAACCCACCUGUGCGCGCUCACCUUUUGGAAUUGCACAAUGCAGAGACUGCAUCUUUUGAAGGGAGCUUUCUGUGGCUUGAAUGCCUUCCAACAGCAGCUCCUGAUUGGCUCAGCUGUGGCAGCAGGGGGUAUACUUUUGCACAUGGUGCUAAAGAGAAGACAAGUCAAAAGUAUUCCUCUUGGUGAAGGCUGGUGGGGAGCAGGAAACAAGCCACUGUCAGAGGAUGAUAAAAUCUAUCCCUUCAAAGUGCAAACCUCAGAUGAAGAGAUUGCGGACCUUCAUGAGCGCAUUGACAGAACCCGCUACACCGAUCCUUUAGAAGACAGCUGCUUCCAGUAUGGCUUCAAUUCCACGUAUCUCAAGACAGUGGUUUCCUAUUGGAGACACACGUUUGACUGGAAAAAGCAGGUGGAAGUACUUAACCAGUAUCCACACUUCAAAACUAAAAUAGAAGGAUUGGAUGUGCACUAUGUCCACGUGCGACCACCACACCGUGAGAAUCAGAAGGUUGUGCCUCUGAUGCUGGUUCACGGCUGGCCUG